CUGGUCCUUAAAAUUGUACAGCAACAGAAUAUCGAGGAUUUUAAAACUUUAGAAAAGAAACUACACACAUCGGGAACAAAGUAUAUUUGUUCACAUACCUUACCUCACAUCGUUGCUGCAUAUGGAUCAACAGAAAUGGUAGGAUGUAUGAAGACUUGGGACCGAAUCGAGUGGGACGAGGAAUGUGAAAUCUCCGAACACAUAUUUGGGAAAGCACUGAAAGAAGUUACCAGAGCCACAGCAUUGUAUUUAGCAACCUUCAUGGAUAGAACAGACAUGGUACGCUCGCUCAUUAGUUGCGCAGGAGAAGACAACAUCAAAUGCUGUAUUCGAAACUUAGACCUUAGUAAUCGAAUGGAAGAAAUUUUCAUGUUAGAACUAGCCGAAAAGUUAAAGAUGAAACAUGUUGAUCUCACACCCGCCGUCAUUCCAGGGCAUAGUAGUGAUGAGGAAGGCAAACGUACAUGGACGUUUAUUGUGUAUUCAAAACAGGUCGUUAAAGCUUCUAGUUAUAAACUUGAUGAUCUUGCUUUGGUAAAGAUUCGAAAUCCAUACAUCUAUACAAAAGAGGUGGAUUGCAGUACAGUCAAGCAAAACACAAUUUCGGCUGAAGAUGCAAAACGGGCUGAAAAGGCUCUAUCAAUUCACAGGGAGAUGCUCUGGAGGAACCACAGCAACUUGAAUAUCAUCGGCGUCAGUCCGUUUAUUUACCGGGAAAACGGAGACGUUAUAGAAAAACCUUGCAUAGCUCUUUACUGUAGUACAAAGGGCAUAGUGCCACUUGGAGACCCCGUGUUCCCAAAGAAGCUAGACAUUGGAGAAGGGGACUUUAUUGAUGUUGAUGUGCACGAAGGUUUCUUCAGACGUGGAGCAUACACAACAGAGCCGGCUAGUUGCUACCACCAAACACUCAAAAUGGGCUGCAAUAUCGGGCGAUCGACACCGGAGUAUGAUGCACAAGGGAACCCUCGUCAAUUUAUUGGUGGCACACAUGGACCUUUUGUCAAAUUCAAUAACAAGAUAGGGUUUCUCACUUGUGCACAUGUGCUGUUUGAUAUUCCAGUCCAGACAAUGAGUGUAGAUUUCCAACACGACGGUACAAACCAAAUAGAAAUCGUACAGCCUUUCGUCGAUUCGAGAAUUCACAGCGGUUUAGCAUGUGGACAUGUUCAAAGAGCAAUUUUCGAUCCUCAAAGGAACCCAAGCAUCGAUGUCGGUGUUAUUGAAAUCACUGAUUCAAAUAGGAUCCCAUCAAGAGGGCAGUUCGCCAACGAAAAACAUAGCAGCUACAUAAAUGCAGGAUUUGACGAACUACCCGAGUACAACAGUGGGUCUAUCCAACGAGACUUAACUCAUUUUGGUACUACGCACAUUGUUUUCAAAUUUGGCAGCGAGAGUGACAUAACGAAAGGGACACUAGACGUGUGUGGGGUAGAUGUAAGGCCAUUGUCGAUUAUAAUGGGCUUACCUAGAUGUUCAGGUCAGGUCCAGAUGAAUGACCAAUACCAAGUAUUUGGAGCCAAUCCAACAAUGACGUUUUCUCAGCUUGGCGACUCGGGCUCUGCGGUGUUUAUGAAAACAACUGGUACCGAUCAAUUGACAUGUAUAGGUAUGGUUAUCGGAAAUGCGUACAUGGGUGCCAACCCAUUCCCAGCAACAGUUGUUACACCUAUCGGUGCAAUAUUGGACGCUUUAGGUCAAGAUUACUCCAUAGCAUCGUUUCCAUAG